CAUGCGCACACACACACACACACACACACACACGCACGCACAGGUCGAUCUACAUCCAAGUCUGCAACAACUAGCCUCCUGAUCAUUGAGCCUUCAAAGGGGGAUUCAAAACUGUUGGGCAUCUGGAGACUCACCUGGGCAUCUGGGGACUCAUUUGGCCCAGACACAGCCAGGCAAAUCAAGCAUUCCUGUCUUGGGGCCAGGCAUCCAUAUGUAUCUUACAUCUGAAUAUUAUUAACAAGUUCAGCACAUAUCCAUGGAAUACUGCUGUACAAUCAUGAAAGGAAUGACAGCCACCCCCAGGUAACCCUGUCCACAAAUGGGGUGCAGGUACUAGAGAGCAAUCAGGAUCCAGUCCGGGGUCUCACACUGCAUUUAGUUGUUGUGUCUCAUCCGUCUCUUUCAGUCUGAAGCCAUUCCUCAGCCCUUCUUGUCCCUUCAUGACUUUGACAUUCUUGACACUCGUGAAGGGGAUGGGCCAGUUGUUUUACAGACUAACUCAAAAUUUGGAUUUGUCUGAUGUUUUGUCAUGAGCAGAUUUGGGUAGUGCAGUUUGAGCAGGGACGUGACCUAUGUGAUGUGUCUUCGGUGCAUUAUAUCCAGAGGGACAUGUCCCAUUCUAGGUGAUGUUAAUUUUGAUCUCUUAAGGUGGUGACCACCAGGUUUCUCCACUGGAAAAUUACCACUUCUCCUAUUUGUAAUUAAUCAGUAAUCUGUGGGAAAAUAUUUUGAGGUGUAAGUGUCCCAUUUUUCCUGGACUUUCACCCACUAGCUUUAACAUCCACUGGUGACUUUUACCUGGAAUCAAUGACUUAAAUCAAUUUUUGGUAAGAUGGUUGCAAAUGACAGUUAUCUAAUCCCACCAUUUCUUUUAUAUUUAUUGAUACUAGUCCUUUUUCUUUCUUUAUUAUCCAUAUGGACUUGUGGAUUCUUAUUUUAUGCAUUAGGUUAUAAUCCAUUACUAUAAUUAUCCUGAUCUUCAAAAUGCUCCAGAUUUUGCCAGCAGAAGGCCCUUCAAACUGAUUCCUGGAUCUAUGUCAUUUUCUGAGCACUUCCUUACUUUCUGGCAUCACAAGAUGUUCCAGGCUCAUCUCACACAAACCCAAAUCAGCCAUUUCUCCAAGGAGCCCUGGUUCCCUAGAGCAGGAAAUGGUAUUUAGCAUCCCAGAUUUGGGCAGUAGGUAUGCUCCUUAGUUCUGGGGUGUCAUUGCUUGUAAGUUCUUGUAGUAAAGAGAGCCAGGAAAUACGUAUAUGUAAAUAAAUUAACACAUCUGUCUGUCUAUAUCUAUUUCUUCAAUUCUAAUCCAACACCACAGGGCUCUUCCAUUCUUCCUCAAAUACAUAUUUAAAAUAUCUCUUUUCUCUAACAGAAUCUUGGUUUCCAUCAACCUUAAUAUAUUUACUUAUCACUAAAUCCCAUGUGAAAAGGGGCUUCAGAAUUGCUACACCUGUACCAUUAUGAAAAACCUAAGUCAAGCUCCAGAUGUAUUGAAUCUUAUUCAUGACCACCCUCUAGACUGAGGGUCAAUGGUCAAAGCAGCAGUUUGAGCACAGGUUCAAAUGUUAUUUGGAUGAGCUAUUUAUUUCUCUUCAGUGUGGCUGUUAGGCAUUUGAAAUACAGGGAGGUUCAUUUGUUCCUGUUUAUAGUUCACUUUCAGGGAGUUUCCCUCAUCUUCAUUGAUUUGUUUUUUUCAAUCCAUAGAACAUUAACAGAGUCCCCAAGAGUCCAAUCUUUUGGACAUAAGCAUGCACUCCGAAAAGUGUCCUCCAGCCUUUCACUCCAUUCCCACCAACCUGCUGCAGUUUCUGAUUUAUCCUUCCUUCAUUUCUUUGUGCAAAUUAAACCAAAAAACCCCCACAUAAACUAUGAAGUGUUCCAUUUUCCCCCCAUUUUUAAUUGAGUAGGACUGUUUUGGUGGAAGGGGGCACUCUCCAACCCACCAUCGUCUCUGUCCCUCCCCUAGCACCUUUCCCAGCCCACGUUUCUCAUUUGCUAUUCCCACUUGGCCCUUCUGAACCCUCCCCAGGCCCUGGUGGCUCAGGCACUGCCCCAGCCCUGCAGGCCCAGCUGGGCAGGGAGAAGACGAAGGAGAACGUGUUGGACUUCCCCUUACCCUCAACCAAGACCUCAAAAAUCCAGCUUCACCUCCUAGAGGCAAAUACCUAUGUUCAAAUUGUGGCCAAGCUCAGGAAGUGGUGCCUGUGUGGACAGAGCCCAGGAAGCAGGUGACCUGGGUUCCAGGUACAACUUAGCUGUGUGAUUUGGGACACAUUCCUUACCUCUCUGAGUGCCAGUUUUCUCAUUUGAAUAAUGGAGAAUUGGAUCAGGCCCUUCAAAUUCCAGCAGGAAAUGAGUCAAAUCUGGAGGUUCAUGCCCUGGUGGCUACCAUCUAGCUCUAUACAACGCUGAUCAUGUGCCUGGGGUGGGUUCUAGGGGCACAGGCACAAGCAAGACACAGCCAAAGCCCCUGCUCUCAUGGACCUUACAGGCUAGUACAACAGGCUGUGAACAAGCACAUGCAUAGAUAUGAAAUUUAUCAAGUAGGGAAAGUGCCAGGAAGAAAAAUAAGUCAGGGCAAAAGAAUUAGUGAUGGGAAGGUGGGGGGAUGUUAGAAAAGAUGGUCACUGAAGGCCUCUCUCAAGCAGAGCCCUGAAUUAGGUGAAGGACUAACUCCUGGACAGAUCUGAAGGAAGCAUAUUCUGAUAGAGGAAAUAGCACAUGUGAAGAUCCUGAGGUGGAAACCAGUUUGACAUGUUGGAGGAUCAGCAAGAUGGUUGCUAUGGCUGGAAGUGUGGUCAUCAAGAAAGAGUGUGAGGUCAGAAAGGUGGGGAGAAGGCCAACUGGGCACGGAGGAGCUGAGAGUCUAUUCUGAUGAUGGGAAGCUCUGAGAGGGAUAACAGCAGGAUCGUGACAUGAUCUGAUUUGUUUUUAGAGGGAUCCACUUCAGCAGCUGUGUAGAGAUGGACUGGAGGGAGUGUUAAUCAAGAUCCAUCAGCAAAGCUGAAAUCACCCUGGGGAUUCCAGACAAGGGGAGUUUGAUACAGGAAAGAAACUGAACUACCAGAGGGGAUGGUGAGGCAAUCCAAAGAUUAGCAACAGCAGGAAGUUGCUACCACCUUAGGCUGGAGGGAUAAUGGAAGGAAAUGAUAUUCCACCAUGGGAGGCCAGGCUCUCCCUUCAGGUGUGGAAUGACAGAGGGGGCUGUGUGAAGGAGAGAGAGGCUGUCCUCCACAAAGGACAGUAGAUUCAGAGCCCCAGGCUGAGAGCAUGAGAGGGAAAAUACCUCGGCUUCUUCCCUCCCUCCACCCUCCAGUCUUCUGCUAACUUCCAUUAGCUGAAUAUACCCCAAAACCAGCUAUAAAGAACCCUGAGAAGUACAGUUCCCUGGAAGGCGGAGCACUGGGGAAGACUGGGGAAUGGAUCUGAGGACAAACAAAUGACUGCAUGAGGUGCAGAGGCAGAGGCCAGGAGAUCAGUUGAGAGGAUGCUGAAGUGGUUCGGGUGAGGGGUGGUGGUGGGAGAAAUGGCUGGAUUCACACAUAUUAAUGGAUUGGACAUGGGGCCUGGGGGAAGGGAGGCAUUAGUAAAACCUUCUGAGAUGGGGAAGACUCUGAGAGGAGCACAUUGAGGAGAGAGGUCAAGAGUCAUGGUUCUGUUUUGGACAUAGGAAGUUUAAGGCACCCAGUAGUCAAAGUACUGGGGGAGAUGUUGGAGAGGCAGGGGAGAGAAAGGAGCUUCGGAUAUUAGUCAAACCACCAGGGCAUAGAAGGGGGUUGGACAGGGGACUGGGUGACUUCACCUGGGGGCAUAUGCGCCAUUAGAGUCACAUGGCUUUCCCAGAGCCAACCACCUCCGGUGUGGGGGGAUGCCAUACACUGGCUGGGACUGGGUUUUGCACCUUAGGAAAACAGAGGGUGGGGAUCUUGCUCUCCCAACCCCUAACCCUGAGAAUUGGGGAGGGGUGGUUUCCUAAAGGAAACUCAGGGUGCUCUUAGCAGAAGGGACUUGUUUGCUAACAGCAAAAACAAAACCGAACAAAAAAACAGCAGUCGAAAUGGUAACUACACUUAGCGUGGUUUUGUAAUGUAUAGAAUUGUCGAAGUACACCUGAAUUAAUAUAUGUCAACUAUACUUCAAUUAAAACAACAAAAAAACCCCAAGAGUUUCCCCAAAGCCUCCUCUUAUUAAUUCCACACACUAUCAUGAAGCACCUAGUCUGUGCCAAGUUAAUCCUUGUGGAGAGCCUACUAUGCGCCACAUCCUACGAUGUUUUUCCCUCACUUUUCCUAGCCUCCUCUCUGAGAGAACUAGCCCUCCUGUAGCCCUCCCCGCUGCAGCCCUUGUCUUACUGGUACCCCAGUUUCCCCUCAGGACAAAGGCUGAAUAAUCUGAUUACCCCCACUGGUGGAGAUGAGAAGGGAGAGCAUGUGGAGGACCACUUCCUGCCCUGGGGAAAGGCAGAGCAGGGUCCCACAGACUCUGAAGCCCCCACUCUGAUGUCUCAGUCUAGACUCCAGCCUGUGCCUGCUCUGGGCCCCCCUCCAGAGGCACCCCCAGCUCCUCCACAGCACAGUCUCCAGCCAGCAGCUGGCAGCUGCUAGGACCCAGGGGGCUGGUGCCAGGCCCUGCUCCUCCCUUGCCAGCUCUGUCUCUAAAGGGCCACAUCAGAGUGUCAGCCAGUACCAUCUCCAGCAGAGGCUGAGUUGCGGCGGUAAGGGGAGAGAGCAGAAGUCCCAGCCUUGCAUCCCUCCAUGGGGCCGCCCAAGCCCCUGAGAGGAUGGCAGCCUGGGCGAUGGAGCCAGCACCGGGGCAUCCUGUGAGCCCAGCACAGGGUGAAGCCUGAGCGCUCGAAUGGCCAACACCACACUGCUGAACACCUCAGAAGUCGCCGUCUCGGCAGGGUUGAUCCUGGCGGCUGUCGUGGAGGCAGCAGCACUGCUGGGCAACGGCGCGCUGCUGGUCGUGGUGCUGCGCACCCCAGGACUGCGUGACACGCUCUACCUGGUGCACCUGUGCGUCGUGGACCUGCUGGCGGCCGCCUCCAUCAUGCCGCUGGGCCUGCUGGCCGCGCCACCGCCCGGGCUGGGCCGCGUGCGCCUGGGCCCCGCGCCGUGCCGCGCCGCGCGCUUCCUCUCGGCGGCGCUGCUCCCCGCCUGCACGCUCGGGGUGGCCGCGCUCGGUCUGGCGCGCUACCGCCUCAUACUGCACCCGCUGCGGCCGGGCGCGCGGCCUCCGCCGGGCCUGGUGCUCACAGCCGUGUGGGCCGCCGCGGGGCUGCUGGGCGCGCUCUCCCUGCUCGGGCCGCCGCCCGCGCCACCCCCGGCUCCACCGCGCUGCUCCGUCCUGGCCGGUGGCCUCGGGCCCUUCCGGCCGCUCUGGGCGCUGCUGGCCUUCGCGCUACCGGCCCUCCUGCUGCUCGGCGCCUACGGCGGCAUCUUCCUCGUGGCCCGCCGCGCGGCCCUGCGGCCCCCGCGGCCCGCGCGCGGCUCCCGGCCGCGCUCCGACUCUCUGGAUAGCCGCCUCUCCAUCUUGCCACCCCUCCGGCCUCGCCUGCCUGGGGGCAAAGCAGCCCUGGCCCCAGCCCUGGCCGUGGGCCAGUUCGCAGCCUGCUGGCUGCCCUACGGCUGUGCGUGCCUGGCGCCCGCUGAGCAAGCCGCAGUGGCUGAGGCGCCAGUCACCUGGGUGGCCUACUCGGCCUUCGCGGUUCACCCCUUCCUGUAUGGCCUGCUACAGCGCCCCGUACGCCGGGCACUGGGCCGCCUUGCCCGCCGGGCUCUGCCCCAGCCCCCGCGGACCUGUACUCUCCGGGCCUGGCACCUGCCGACAUUUCUGCAGCACCUCCAGGGACCUUCAUUGCGCCCUGCCCUAGGCCCUCCUGGGGCACCAGAACAAGCCCCAGAUUUGCCAGAAGGGGAGAACCUGAGCAUGACAGGGGCCACCUGAGAGGAGAUCUGUCUCCCAUACUGAGCUGGCACUGGAGAAAGAUGGUGGUGUCAGAAGGAGGCCCAUCCAAACUCCUGCACAGUUCCAGGCAGGUGCCCUGCCUGGAUUUCUGGCUCUGGAACAGGAGAAAGAGGGCCUGCAGCCUGGUGAGGCCAAGAGGCUUCUGGGAGCUAGGAAUCCUGGGUUCUGAGCCUGACUCUGCAUAGCUUUGUAUACAGACCUACCCUUUCCUAGGCCUGUUUUCCCAUUUGUAUCCUGGACCAUCUCUAAGAGCUCCUCCAGCUUAGGUGGUUUGGACACUCACGGCUAGUCCCCAGGCCAAAGAAGGAGAGGAAGUGGGCAGGAUCACAGAGAGGUGGGCUCUAAGGGUUUACAGCCAAAGGGAUGGACGAAGCAGGGCAAGGUCUAGGUAACAGCCACAGCAGGAGGAACCAGUGGAGAGAUACUCAGAAGGACUUCCCUGACAUCUACACCAAGGAGAGGCUGGACCAAGCUACUGGAACUCCUCUACCAGCUUCUAAAGUGCCCAGAAAACAACUGGAUCAGUGUGGUGCCAGAGGCAGGAGGCUGAACAACAUGACCCCAAAGGGCCCGAAGCCCCAAAACUGGCAUGUGGAAGGAGCCAAAGCCCAAUGGGGACCGGUGGAUUCACAGAUGGGGUCCUCCGGGACCUUGUCAACACCCAUUUUCUGGAGGUUUUUGCCAACACCCACAAUGUUUCACAGCUUCCUGGUCUCUGAGAAUAUUUAUUCAAAAACAGGGAUUGAAAAAACUGUA